AUGCUAAUUGAUAUGAUCAAUGAAAAACAGUUUAGACAACAACACAUGGCAUCACCAGUUUAUUUUUAUAUACCCAAUUUAAUUGGUUAUUGUAGAGUUAUUUUCGCAGUACUUGCAUUCUUUUAUUCAUAUGAUGACUAUCAAAGAUUCUUUGUAUUCUAUGCACUCUCUGCAUUGUUGGAUAUGGCUGAUGGUCAUGCUGCUCGUUAUUUCAAUCAAUGUAAGCAUAUAUCAAAUGAUAUCAUUUCAUAUGAUCGAUUGAUUGUGAUUGCAUCAUCAAGUUCACAAUUUGGAGCAGUUUUAGAUAUGGUUACUGAUAGAUGUUCUACGGUUGCACUUAUUGUAGUUCUUUCACAAUUCUAUCCACAAUAUCUCAACAUGUUUAUAUUUUUGAUUGUACUCGAUAUUCUUAGUCACUUUGCUAGACUUGUUGCCAGUGCCGGCAAGAGUCACAAGACCGUUGCCCAAAACCACUUAUCAAUCAUGCGUAUCUAUUAUGGCAACAAAUACUUUUUGGCUUUUAUGUGUUUUGGUAACGAAGGUUUCUUCCUCUUCUCCUAUUUGUAUUACUUCUUUUCACACUCUAUCGUAUUUGCCAUUCAAUGGUAUGUGUUUUUCCCAAUUUGUUUCGUCAAGCAAGCUAUCAACGUCAUUCAAUUCUUCCAAGCUGCUACCGAUAUCGUCGAGCUUGACGAUCAAGCUCUUUUAGAAUCAAAGAAAUCUGCUAAAAAGACUAAAUAA